UCAAUUUCGAAAAAUCCAAACCAAACAACACGUCAACUUUUGUGAUGAUAAUUGAUAAUUGGAUUCGAACUCUUGAAAAGUGAAACCUAGUGGGCGUAAAAUUAGAAAAUAUGAAAAUUUUUAUAGAUAAAAUUGAAAAUUCGGUUAGUACAGUCUUCCUGUUGCAGUUCCUGUACUCCCUUGUUGACGCCAGGCAACAAUUUGUAUCAUGCGGCUCCGUGAUCAAACUUAUGAACACGGACUACAAAGUCAGGCUUCAUUCACAUGACGUAAAAUAUGGUACUGGCAGUGGACAACAGUCGGUUACAGCUACAGAGGUACAAGAAGAUAUUAACAGCCACUGGUUAGUGAAAGGAGGUACCGGAAAAGUUUGUUUGAGAGGAGACACAGUUGCUUGCGGUGCAACUAUUAGGUUAGAACAUGUGGAAACCAAGAAAAAUCUCCACUCACACUUGUUCUCUAGUCCUCUAAGUGGCAAUCAAGAAAUUAGUGCUUAUGGCGAUGAACAAGGGGAAGGAGACUCUGGCGAUAAUUGGACUGUGAUAUGUUCAGGAGACGCUUGGUUGCGAGACGACAGUGUGAUGUUCAAACACGCAGACACUCAAAUGUACUUGGGAGUUUCAGGCCGAAGUUUUGGCAGACCUAUCAACGGCCAAUUGGAAGUUAUAGGAGCAAGAUCGCCAUCUGGCGCAGUACAUUGGCAAAGUAUGGAAGGAGUAUAUUUACAUGCGCCUGACGUUAAACACCAGGCACAUGUGCAUACAGAACUUUAGGGAUUUUUGCAAUUUUAGUGUUUAGAGUGCUGAGAGUGCUUAGAGCAAUUUUUCUGUAAUUUAAUUGUUUUUGUUAUUAGAAAACAUAAAUUGACUCCACAGUUUCCAACAGUGUACGUUAUUGUUCUUAGUUUCCUAAUAUUUAUAAUAAGACAAUAAUUUUUUUUUAAAAUAAUUGCAAUAGAAAUUCUCAAAGAGUGUUGUUAAACCAUGUCCGGUGAGAUGUAUGAUUUAUUUAUUUUGUACAGGUAUUUCCUAAGGCUGUAAUAAAGUAGUUCAAUCAAAUUA